CUUCCGGUGCUUUCGGUUCUGUGCAUCAUCGAGUGAACAGUUUUUGCGGCUGCUUGGACUUUCGUUGUGUCCUAAGUUGAUGCAGUUGAUACCUCUUAAACACAAUGGAGAUAGACAACUACUGUUUUCAGCAGUCCGGGGAUUCGCCCGAUCUGGAGUUUGUUUAUGAUGACGCCGACUCGCACGAGAAUGAGAUCGCAGAGCUCUACACGUACACGGAAGAAGCCGAAUUUUUUCUCAACAUGAAAGCGUUCGAGGAUACUAUGACGGAAUAUGGAUUUGAACCAAAAUGGUACACACUAGACGAAACAACUCGACAAGAUGUUGCACUGCGACUGAUGGAUGGCGUGGAUGUGAGCCCCCGUACUGCACGGAUGCAGGCUGUUCGUGCCGUUCUCUACAUCAUGCAAGGGGCCUUCGGGGAGUGCACAACGCUCGAGGAACAGCCGCAAAGGGCACGACAAAAUGUUUUUCUUCUGUAUCGACAUGGCUUCUUCCAUGUCUUUCUGCAGCUGCUAAACAUGGAAAUCGAGAACAGCUCCGCUGCCACAUCCGCCCUUAGGAAGCCAGCCGUGUCACUGGGCGACAGUACAGACCUGAGGGCGAUCCUGAGCGUCCUGUACAUAUUCGUCGAAGUGAUGCGCGUCUCCUCGGAGACUGACACUGACGACAUGAAGCGAGAUCGCGCAAAUUUCGCCAGUGAACUGGCCCAACCGAUCCUGGGCGAAGAGCUGCUGGCCGUCACUCUGUUCCAGAUGAUAAUAAAGUUCUGCAGUGGUGCCACACCCCACUUCCCGAUCAAGAAAGUCCUACUGUUGCUCUGGAAAACCAUUCUGGUUUCUCUAGGUGGGACGCCGCAGCUGCGGGCACUGAAGGCCCAGUAUCGGGCAGCUAACCAGCUGCCUCCCGCGCCCGAGGACACGGUGGAAGUGGCACGUACCAUGCGUGCCUCUUCGCCGCCGACCUCGGCUGCCGACCUCAUUGAAGCCCAGCAGCAGCGAAAGACCAGCCGGCCUUUCAAGCGGCAGCAAAGCCUGGUGAAGCAGAGCAGCAUGGAUGACUUUCAAGACCUGGAGGGGGACUCGGGUGCCGACGAGGAGCUCAGGGACAUGGAGGAGCGACAGUCGAUGCCCAUGGACACCCCGGCACCUGGUUUGCCAGAGGACCCCGAAGCGGCGGCGGCCGCCCUGCGACCGUCGACCCCGGCACCGGGAUCCACAGAAAGCCAAGGAGGGGAGGCACCGCCUCAACAGCCGACGGGCUCCACCACUAACGAACAGCCGCAGCAGUGUGAUGAGACCGGCGGCUUUCCCGCGGUGCUCUCGCAGGCCAGUGUGGCCCUGGGGCUGCCCUGGGUGCCCAAGGUGCGACCCAAGGACAUCAAGGAGUUUCUAGAUGCGACGCGGCUUAAGUUUGUUGGCUACCAGCUGCCUGAUGACCAGACCUCUCUGGCGGGCCUGCCAGAGCCCAUCCACGAGGGACUGCGGGUGCUCAAACAGCACAUGUACACGUCGCUGGCCGAGGUUCAGAUGAAGAAGGAAGAGGACAUCACAAAGCAUCCCCUGUCGAUGAAGGAGCACGAAAUACCAGCUACUCCAACUGAAGUUCUGUACCAAGCCAUGCUACCUAGCAUGCCACAGUACAUGAUUGCGCUGCUGAAGAUCCUUCUCGCCGCCGCACCGACGUCCAAGGCCAAGACAGAAUCUGUGAACAUCAUGUCUGACGUGCUGCCCGAAGAAAUGCCCGUCACCGUCCUGCAGUCUAUGAAGCUGGGCAUAGAUGUGAACCGGCACAAGGAGAUCAUCAUCAAGGCCAUCUCGGCCAUCCUGCUGCUCCUGCUCAAACACCUCAAGAUCAACCAUGUGCUCCAGUUUGAGUACAUGGGCCAGCAGCUCAUGUUCGCCAACUGCAUUCCCCUGGUGCUGAAAUUCUUCAACCAGAACAUCAACUCCUACAUUGCGGCAAAGAACACGGUAUCCGUGAUCGACUUUGCAGCAUGUGUAAUCGGGGAACAGCCAGAGUUGACGGCAGAGACACUGGAGAUCGGUGAGCAGCAGCCGUACUGUUGGCGCAACAUGUUCUCCUGCAUCAACCUCCUGCGAGUGCUCAACAAGUUGACCAAGUGGAAGCACUCACGAAUCAUGAUGCUGGUGGUGUUCAAGUCGGCGCCCAUCCUGAAGCGUGCGCUGAAGGUGCGCCACGCGACCCUGCAACUCUACGUGCUCAAGCUGCUCAAGAUGCAGACCAAGUACCUGGGCCGCCAGUGGCGCAAGUCCAACAUGAAGACCAUGUCGGCCAUCUACCAGAAGGUCAGGCACCGCCUCAACGACGACUGGGCUUAUGGAAAUGACCUCGACGCGCGCCCAUGGGACUUCCAAGCCGAGGAGUUCUCCCUCCAAGCGAACAUCAACAACUUCCACACCCGCCGCUACGACAAGCCCUCUUCCGCCUCUCAGCAGCAGCAACAGCAGCAGCAACAGGACCUCAUCGGCGACUUCCAGCCCGUGGACAACAGCUUCCUCUCGGUGCUCGGGCGGGAGGUGGAGCUGAGCCCGGAGUUCAAGCUCCACUACCAGCAGUGGCUGCAGGGCGACGUGUUUCGCGCCAACGUCGACUGGGACCUGCUGCUGUGUCCCGGAUACCUGUGAAUGGGCUCACUUUUAGCAUCGUCCACUUUCCUUUUUCCUUUACACUCAUCGUCAUGCGUUGAUUAGUCAUUCUGCUCGACCCAAGCAUCAGUCAUUGUUUUUUUUUGUUUUUUUUACUUGUCUCGCAGUGAAGAAAAACGUGCAGGCGUAUUGUUUUUAGUAUUUUAGUCUUUGGCAUCGUUUCCGUUGGAUAUUCUGUGCAUCUAACCAAAAGCAUCCGGUGAAGGUUAAACAAGCUGAAACAAACACAGCCCCUUGUGGCAUGCAAACCUAUGUGUCACACGCAAGAGUUCUCUGGCCUACAUAUGGACAUCGUCAGCAGUUGGUGCACGAGCUUCAUCAGUACUGUUCAUUGUACUGUGUGCGCAACAACUUCAAGCAUACUGGAAAAACAAUGAUGAAGGUUGCAACUUGUGAGCUGCCAUUGUUAUCUAUAGUCGAAAGAGAAUACAGGAGAAGCACUGAGAUGCUGGGUAUUGUUGGGCUGUCCCCUCUCUCCCCACAUACACACACACACACACACACUUGGUGUACUUUGCAGCUGCAUUGCAAAAGAUUCAUUCUGGCUUGCUAUGGUUUUGUCCAGCUGUAAAGGCCAGCUGCAACAAAAUUUCAUUCUGGCUAAAUAUUGGUUACAAAUUAGUAGUAGUACACGCUAUUGAAGCAAUCUUGGCAAAAUUGCAGGGCUGAUAAUUGUCUACUUUUCUGGUCAGUGGCCUUUCAAUAGCCCCUAAGCUUACGCCAUGUGUUCCUGGUGGUUAGCAGAUGUGACGUAAAUCCCAGCACACCGCCUCCAAGAUAUUUCAGUGCACUGCAUGCAAGAACUGCAUGCAUGUACUGCAUGCAUGUACUGCCAAAAUUGAGCACCGCCUCCAGCGCCCAAUUUUAGAGGUCAUGCCAAGAAGCCGCGUGUUCGGGAACAUGGCUCACGUCUGGCAAGCGAUGAUGCCACAUCUUUCUUUUUUUUUUUUCAGUUUAGGUAUUAAAAACGUUUACUUUUGUGAGCUCAUUUUUGUAACGCAUCCUCUCAUAACACGCACAUAAAAUUUGGCGGUCUCAAGUUAGGUUUUAUAUGCGGUCCAAAAUUUUGUUACUGUUGGCUUCUAAAGGGCCCCUUAACCCGUUUGGGCAUUGCAGACAAAUGAGGUGCAUAGAUCACAUGGUGAUCACCGUGUCUGCAAAGUAUGUGUUACACCGAUGUGUGCCCCCCCCCCCGAUAAACAAGCCGAAAUUCAAGGAAAAGCCAACGCUCCCUUCUUUUGUGAGGAGUCACUCUCCUUAUUAGCGAAGCAAUGUCAGAUGCACGGGCUCCUCAGUGUACAAAUAGCUUGCAGUGGUGCAAACAUUUUGGGUGCCCCGAAGUGCAGAAUAUACAAAGCUGCCUCUGGAAAUAUGCCACACAGUAAGAAUGAAGAGAAAAGAAAAAGGAGGGAGGGGCUGUUGGUGUAAUGCAACUUGGUUACUAUUCGGGCUUGAAUGGCAUGACAACAUGGUAGCAAAAUCGGGGCUAAGACAGGAGAAGCGAAUGACACCGGCGCUGACUUCCGACUUGAGUUUAUUGCGCACUGACGAAAGACAUAGGCAGACAAAACCAAAAAAAAACAUAAGAAAGCGCUAAACACCCUCGUCAGAAAACUAUUACAUUCGUGACUGGAGAAUGCUCAGAGCAGGCGAAGAAAGAAAACCUACUGCAGUGUUUCUUUUUCUUGUUUUUUUUCUCCAAGUUUUUCGCCACUGUGCAAUAAUCUUUAGUUAAAAGCCGGUAGCCUUGUUGUUAAUUUCUCCUGUCUAGCAUCGAUUCUAAUCAGAUUGUUUUCCUUUACAAUACUUCACGUUAGUGGCACGGCCACCACUCUCUACAUUAUCAUGAGCAGUGCAUGAUAAUAAAUGUAUAAAAUAGAGCAAAAGGAAUUGUUGCGUCAUACUGGGGGGGCCUUGUUCUUACACUGUUUAUCAUAUUGUGCCAUUAUGUAUACAUUGCAUGGCCCGUCAGCUCCAUGUGGGAAAAUGUGGGAAUGUCACCUGCAGGCACUGGUCAAGGCAGUGGGCCUCGCCCCUGCUUUAUGACAUUUCUUUGCUUCUCUCUCGGCUACUACUAAAGGCUUAUAGGAAAUUCCUGUGAUAGAAUGCUUUCUGUUCAGUGUUUUACAACUUCUGUGCACCGUUUCAUACUUAGCAGGCUGUGGCAGCUACACAAAUCAUGUUGUCUUAGCAGACUCACUCGGCACAUUUCACAGUGCAGUUGCUUGAUCUUCUGCAACGCUUUCUACGGAAUGUCUACCUCAUUUAUUACAGCUACAACUUGUAGACUAAAGGUUACGUCAAAUCGCACAUUAUUUGUGCGCUUUCAUGCUUCAAGUGUGCAACAUAGUAUAUGUUUUGAUUGCAAGAGCAAGCGGUGCACUGUGGCCACUAGUCGCAGAAAAGUGUCACUUCGCUUGCUCGGCGGUAAAUAUGUUCACAUAUGCGACGCCUUGCAUGUAAUAAUUAUGCAUAUUUGUAGCAAAAGUAUGUGACUUAAUGUUACACCGAAUUACACGACGCAUACCUGUGCCUUUCUUUCAUAUCAGACAUUCUAAUGUUAGGUUGCAAAUGCAAGCAGUGAGAAAAGUCUCUCUAAGCCUUUGUGAUGUUGCAUUGCCUGCUAUGUAUGAAACGAAGCAUAGUGUACAACCAAAAUUUCCAACAGGGGCUGGUGAAGGGGUUCUUAAAUGCCCCUGCAUAGCGUGCCAGCUUGCUGCUGUGACUGGCCGAUCCCACUAGCUAGCUGAAGCCACUGUGUCACACUUUGACACUAUCUCACUAGUGGCUAGCUAGUGUCAAGAGUGACCUUGUGACUCCCCAUGCCACUUGUGUCAAAUCACACUACACUCUCACAAAAAGUGUCCAAUCCAAAGUGCUCUGCUAGCUAUUAAAAAAUUCCACUAGUUUUCUGCUGCAAGGUUUCACUGCAGUGAGCUUCUGUUGCCCUCAUGUUGCGCUUUUUGAACAUUUUAUGAGCGAGAGGCUGAUUUCAUGCACACACGCACGUGGCAGACUGCACAGUUAAAUUGCAGCUGGUUGCACGCCGAGGUCGUGUUUGUUCCAGUAUUGUUUACUGCGUACUGCUUGGGCAUUGCCUUCUUUACUUAGUGUUGGUGAUACAGUAAAAUCUCGUUAAUUCGAACUCCAAGGGGAUUGGAAAUGUGUUCGAAUAAAACAGAGUUCAAACCAACGAUGGCCCCUUUAAGUAUAGUGCCCGGUCAACUGUGCGAUGCAGCACACAAAGCCAAAACCGUCACUGGGCUCGCAUUGAAAGUUUGAAAGUCUUAGCUUUCCUCCAUCAGCGAGUGACGGCACGUGCCGGAAGAAACCUAGGUUCCGUAUAAAGUCCGUAUGCUGUGGGUGCGAGGGAAAAUGUGUUAGGGUGAACCAAGAAGGGUGGUGGCUUGGCUUUUAUCUUGGGUUUGUCCAAAAAGCAGUCCAUGGGAGUGAGAAAUUUUGUUCAACAUAACAACCGUUGCGCCAUUUUUGGAGUUCGAAUUCGCGGGAGUUUUUCUCUAUUCAAGUACAUAAGGGACUUCACCGGGACUAACAAAAGCAGUUUGAAUUAUCUGUCAACUCGAAUUGAGGAUUUAGAAUUAUCGGGAUUUCACUGUAUUUACAAAAAGCUGCCUGACAGCAUCACCCCUAAACAUGUGACUACGUAUUUUUUCUUUAAUUUCUCAGCGGAGUGCAGAGUUUGUCUAUUACAAAAAUUCACUCCACCUGUAUGUGGCACCUUGUUGCUGCUGUCUUGCAUCGUUUACAAAGCUUGAGCUUACAGCCCCAACCUCAAAAAAAUUUUAUGCAAAUAUGUGUGACGUGCAGAUAAACUAUCAUUUGGUAGCUGCUCAGCCAAUUUAAAACAAAUCUGUUGUGUUUGAAGGAAGAAGUCAAAUUCUUUUUUGGGGGGGUCACCGAGAUUCAUUAGGGCACUCGAGAAUUUCACAAAAAUUGCUGAAAAUUGAUGGAUUUUAAGAAAUUUAGAUGGCGGUGUUUGUAACACCGCAACUUCAUAGUGAAGUCGGAUACUAUACUUCCGUAAACAGCUGACAGCAUUUAAAGUGAGCAAAUGUGACAUUACAUGCGGCCCUGUGCGUGUAUUCUGUGAACGUAACAUUUAUAAAAGUUGCAGGCCAAACAAAACAGGUGCUUACGAAUUGCAAUUUAGGUUGUCAUUACUGCUCAUUCUCAAACGCUUUUGCUGAUCAGCAUGCGUGUUUUUGGUGAGUUAUGGAGUUUUGAUCUUUCUGUGUCAAGUUUUAAAAAAAUUUUAUGUAUUUAUUUCUGUUCAUUCUUAACUUCUGAAGGCCUAAGCAAAAGUUCUAUGACCAUCAGUAAUUUCGUUCGUGAAACAAAUCUUUUUCAGAUUGUUUCAGCAGUUGCCUGAUGGAGACGUACCUUGUGCAUAUGAACAGGGCAGGGCCUAAGUCAAAGCUUCCUCUUAGUAUCUAGUGCUGAUGAUUGCACUGAUUAAACUGUUGCUACAUGAGCAUGCUAACCACGGUUAAGCUGAAGCUCAGUGAAGACCUGCUGCACAGGAAUUUUAUUGUAGGAAAUGUAGCCAAGGGUUCGACGAAAGUUCGUCUGGUCAGGUAACAUGAUGAUGAUGAAAUUGCAGUCACCGACCAAGUCAAGGUAAAAAUAGCACAGAGACGUUUUGGGACCCGUACGGGUUCCUUGUCAGUGUGAUCAAGGAACCCGUACGGGUCUCGAAACGUCUCUGUGUUAUUUUCAUCUUGACUUGAUCAGUGACCGCAAUUUCUUCAUCGGAAAUUUUACUAACUGCAGUUAUUCAGUUAACCAUGGUGACUGCUUAUAAGAGAGAGUUAUAAAUUAACUUUACCGUAUUUUUAAAAAAUUCCCUGCAGCAGAUAAUGCAGUUCUGUCAUGGAGGGAGGAAAGAAACUGGGAGGCAGCAUUACAUCAUGCAAUUAGUCAGGGCAUGUGUUCCAAUAAUUCAAGACAGUUGGUGUUAAAGGCAUGCAAAUACAAAUCUGUGAUACCUGCCGCAAGCAUUAUCUUUAAUAUGGUGCAGUAAAUACAGAAUACCCUGUAUAUAUGUGUGUCUAGCUUCGACUUGAGCAUAACCGCAGUUAGCAUGCCCAUGUUACGGUACUUCUACAUAUCCCAGUCAGAGACAUUGUUCUUGCUGAUGCCAUUCACAGUCACUUAGGUUUGCUUGCAAGGGUCUGGCUUCUCUACUUGUUACAAACAGUUCCCGCUCAAAAAAAGCCCUGCCUAGUAGAUUCCCCCCCCCCCCCCAAGAAUGUUAAGUCGGCUUUCUAAUGUGGCUGCAUUGCCUUAAAUGAUUGCCUUAAAUGUGUAAGCAACACUCGUCAGUAAGUUCAUGGUUGAACUGACUACGAGCACACACUGAAAAGUGCAAGCAAUUUGAUUUCAAACUCGUUACACUCGGAGAUAACAAAAUGCACAAGCCUGCACGCGUAGUUGUCACUUCAACAAUGUGCUUGCCAAGUUGUUCAACAGCAAAGUUUAACGGUCAAUAUUGAGCAGCCAGCUGAAUUAAAGCAAACUCAUUUUUCACAAAAUCAAAUAUAACAGUGAAAAAGAAACAGGUAUAUGUGGUUGAUCGCAGCAGAAAGUUCCAGAUGCGGCUUGUCCCAGAAACAUUAUUUUAAUUUCUGACAAAUCAAUGCGCACAGUGUCAUUAUGGCUGACCCUUAUGUUUGAAAUGCUAAUCGAGCCCGGUAUUGGCUGAAAAUUAAAAAAAGAAGAAGCACAGUGUUGCCUGCCUAUGUGUAAAGUGCUAAAACCAGACGGAGAUGUCCUCUCGGCAGGCAAAGUUGAUGCUUUUUUAAGUUCCUGGUGAAUCCAUGCCCAAUGAAACAAGAAGCACAGCGCCAUUCGACUGGUUGCUCUUAAAUGACCAACUAGCACACAUACCACUCCAGCUGAACGAAAUUAUGAAAAUUAGGAUUAGCUCAUUAUAGGAGUAAUUAGUGGGAUGAAAAGCCUGCUGCAGAUUGACCUGUAGAAUUCAUUGAUGGGUUUGUGGCGUGAGAGCCAUGUAUGGCUGAAGAGUGCCAAACACAAUACUCAUCUUAAAAAUGGUAUGGUGCAAAAUGGCUGGUCUCAACGCUCUGUUGGUCAUGCACUAAGUGAUGUGCUGAUUGACGAUUUAGUAAAAUUGGUUUAAGUAAGUUCAUUAAUUCACCACAAGUCUAAUUGAGGCAAUGAGGCGUUUUGGGAAAGUCGACUUGGCAUAUUCAAGAGGGCAAUCUAGCACAAGCCUCCCCACCAGUCAAGAGGAGUACAGAAAACCAUGGGAUGUCGAGAACAACUUCCAUAAGCACGCUUCUACUGGCUGUGCUCUGAUGUGGCCGUUCGCUCAGUGGCCAACAUCGUUUUAAUGACUUUUGCUUCAAGGCGUAGAUGCAGUUAGAAAAGGGAAGACAACUGCGGCCUCCAUUGCAGAAAACAGCGAGGUCGGGCAUUUUCGUAGAUCGCUGCUGCAGCAGAUGUUUAGAGUAUUUAUUUGGACAUGUGUGUUCAACAUCAUUUCCGCUUGCUUUCUGUACAUAGAAUCGGUGUUGUGUGCUCUGUAAAAAUGCAAAUCUUAGUGUCGCGAGUCAAUAAAACAGUGCUCGCCAGAUUGGUGCUGCCUU